UUAGAGGACGUUUUGACCGAAUUAGGGCCGACGAUAAAGAGAGCAGAGAUGGAAGAUCGCCAUCUCCCGGCCUUGGAUUCUACCGUAUAUACCGCGAGCGAUCGUACGCGGUUCAAUCUCGCUCUCAGGCAUGAAGCUUCCCAACCCUAAACUGUUUCCAUUGAAACGACUUCUCUUACGGCAAAGUAGGAUGGAAGAUGGUUGAUGUUUCGUAUUGAGAAAUCUACCUUCUGCAAGAGGAAUUUGGAUUAAUUUUGAUUUUUCUCAGAUAUUAGUGGCAAAGUUUGAUUGAUUCCAUGUCUUCAUUCCCUCAUUCAGCUGACUCUGGAGACUCCAGCCAGAGUCUUUUGAGUCAAAGACAAUCUGAAUUGGGAAGUCAAUAUGUGGUGGAAUCUGGUGUCUUCAUGUCAUCAUUUACUGCAACUAUCUUCGUCGCCGCACUUGUGACCACCGGACUUUUGAUGCUUACUUUGCUGAUUGCACUCACUGUGAUGUUAAAUUCCUGUCAAAGUAGUAGUAAUUCUGGAAUUUUGGAACACGCUAAGAAAAGUGAUCAACAUGAUUAUUGUAGUUUGUAUAUCUUUCAUUCUGAGCUAAACAACUUGGAAAUAGGUGAAUUUCCAUUAAACUGCAAGUUGUAUGCUCUUCAAUAUAGUAAGAGACACUACCUAAAAGAUUUGAAUACCUCAAUCUGGUUUAUAGAGGACUACUUUGCUGGACUAACACCAGAUGAAGAUGGUUUGGAUAUAAUAUUGUUAGAUGCAGAUGACUUACUUUCCAUGAUUGGCAACUUUAGUAGGAUCAGCUCUGUAGAUAGGAACGAGCAUAUAGAAGACAUAAAGAAUCAGGCCCACAUUCUUCUUGUUAGAUUUUACAGGCAACUUCGAGCAGGUGGCUGGUCUUUGUUUCUUUUUACUAGGAAGCCUUCAAAGCACUGGAAGACUACGGAGAGCACCCUUACAUCUUCUGGUUAUUUAGGAUGGUCUUCACUGGUGAUGAGAUCUGAUGAGGAGAUUCAAAUGGAAGAUUGGGAAUAUCUCUCCAACAGAAGGCUGCAGUUGCAUAAGCAGGGAUUUCGAAUUGUUGGCUUGAUCAGUAGCAAGUUGGAUGCUUUUAGAGGUCCACAUUUAGGAAAACGCAGCUUUAAGCUCGCAAACAUUCAAUACUAUGAGCUGGGUAAUGGCAAUGCCUGAUUGAUGAAAGCUUUAUCAACGGGCGUGUUUUUAAAGGAGAAAUUCAUUUCCUGAUUGUUAUUUUUUGCAUUUUGUUUGAAUUUUUUUUUUUUUUGUAAAAUUUAUAGUAAAUGUACAUUGAACUGUAAGUGACGUUAUUUUUUUCCAUGGAAAAAUAUUUAUAAUACAAACAAUUUCUAUUUA